GAAUCCUCUCGCCUGUUUCAUUACUUGUGGUUUUAAAGGAGUGCUAACCAAGCAUAUAAAGAGGAAACGGAUUCAAAUGCCAUUUCAAGUUGACACCAGCUGGUAUCAGUUCUCCAAAGAAGCUCAAAGCCAGCAAAAUGAUGAUUCAGUAUCAGAGCAACAAAACCUAACCCAUUCGGAAUGAUCAGAAACAGAAUACAUUAAAAUAAAAAAUAUUUGCCGUGACUUUAUUUUGCAAGACAUUCAGAAGUGAGUAAAUCUCCCUGGUUCCCUAUUUGGAGCAGGUGUCUGUGUCGAUUACAUUAGCAGCAAAUGCAUGUUUUUAGUUGUAUUUCUCAGUGCAUCGGUUAUUACCUCUUCAGUAAUUGGUUUAGAUCAUUGGUUACUGAUUUGAAGCAUUAGUGUUUAAUCCAUGUACUCUUCACCCAGUCCUUUUGAGACGUGCCACUGAAAGGGUCUGAAUUUAUCACAGCAGCUAUCCAACCAGACAAAACAUAGUCGUUUUACAAGUUUCUCUCCGUGGUUGCAAACCCCAAGGCUUUUAGGGCUCCUGAUUUUCCAUUCUGGGAAUGGCAAAUUCCGUUUCAGAGUGACCCAAUUCCGUUUUUACCAGUAUAUUAAGAACUAACGUAAUUUUGAACAUAAAUAACAUUUUGACAUUAAAUCUGUUGAAUUCAUGUUUGGGUUUUUUGGGGUUUAUUUUAAUGUAAGUCCCUGAGAUACUGUGUAGUUUUCAGGAAAAAAAAUCUUUCUUAAAGCAGUCCACAAGUAACAAUGUGCUGUAGGUCAGUCAGCAAAUAAAGGUGUUUAAAAAAAAAAAACAGCAUCUUGCUGUCAUUACAAUGUACAGACUAGUCAAACGAUGGGCAUUAUUACAGAAAUGUACAAUUUUCAUAAAAUUACAAAUUAAAUCCAAUGUUCAGGACACUAUUCUCUCAUGUGCAGUUUCAUCUGCAACAGCGCAGACUGGUUUGUGCUGUACUUGCUGUAAAGCUGCUUGCAUGUGUUUCUCGUAUACCCUGGACAGACAGAGCUGCCUUAGUUAGAGCAGGGCUCUUCAACUAGUUUUUUUAAUUCAAGGGGGCUAGAUCGGAAAAAAGUUAAGAGUAGGCAGGCCAGUGUAUUUUACUCUGCACAUUUAAGAAGUAUAAUAAAUUUGGUAUAACUUAAUGUGCACAUGUUGAACAAGAGAAACAUUUUGCUGUAUGAAUAGUACUUUAAUAACAGAACCGUGUGAGAAUUUAACUGAGUAUCAUUAAACAUUUUAAAAUGUGUUAAUAGUGUAACUUAAGAGAUCAGCGCGCCUACUUUUGAGCUUCUACCUGCUCAGCCCUCUGGAUACGUAUUUUGAAAAGCUCUUUGUUUGGUUUCAGAAUGUCUUUUCAUAUUGGAUUCCUUGGUCCACUCAUUCACCGUCACGUUUUCAGUUCUUACUAGCUAGACUAGAGAGCCAUGUUAUAGCAACACGAGUUUAAAAAAAAAAAAAAAAAAAAAAAAAAAGUCAUCUGUGAGUAUGUAAUGUUAUUAAGGAGUUGAUGAUAAAUUAGAAGUAAGUUAUAAACCCUAAGGUUUCACCUCGACCACCGUGUCGUUUCCUUGUGUUGAGUGAGGGGUUGGGUGAAGGGGUAACAGAUUUGUGAUAAUAGCUAAAUAAAUGAAUACAUGAGUUCGAUCAAGUUUUUUUAAUCGGGGUUGACGAUCGGUUUUUUUCAGGCACUUUUCUGUAUAUACAACUCCAAUAUUAUUCCACAGAAUAGAACAGCUAGUUGCUUUUCUAAACAACUCGACUCCCACAGCACACAGGCAGCCCCGCAGCAGAGACACAGUCCAUCAGCGUGACACCCUCACAACCACCUGUUUACUCAUUACCCAACGAUCCAAAUAAACGUACAAAAAAGUUUUAUAAAAGCGUCAUCACUCUGCUUCUGGGUAGUGUAGUUUUCAAAGCAAUCCCAUUUUUUAUGGGAGAAUAACAGUGGUAAAAGAUGGUUUGCCUAGUUUUUUUUUUUUUUUUUUUUUUAAGUUGCAUUUGCAAAGCAGAAUUCCAUUCCCAAAAUGCCACUUCAGUUCCCACUGCCUAAUUCUGCGAUUCUGUGAUCGUGGAAAAUCAAUAGCCCUACACGAGAAACAAACUACUGCUGUAACUUCUCAAUUUUAUUUUUCACUGCCAAGAAAUUCCCCAUGUCUCGUUCGUUCCUUUGAACUUCAGUGAUCCCAAAGGAAUCUUUCCCACCCAGUUCUCAGGACUGUCUCAGUGUGUUCGGUUCUGCAGGUCGAUUCUCUCAUGUCCGCACCCCCCCAGAGUAAUUUGCCGCUUUUAUCCGCUAGAUCACAAAAAGAACAGCAAGGCAAAAGAACACGCCGAGGAGGGAAGUUCUGACGGCCACUGCCCCUUAAAGAGGAAGAGACGGAGCAAAACCUUUCAGAGCUGCUGGAAGUCUGACUAUGACUGGAUUAAGGAGAGCAAGCAGGGAUGCCAUUUCGCUUACUGCAGAAUUUGCUGCCUGGAUUUCAGUGUCCAGCACCAAGGCCUGCAGAGCGCAGAGCAGCAUGGAGCCGGAGACCAGCAUAUGGAGAACGCAGAGAGGAGAGAGCUGGAGCUGAAUCCGAGGGGGGACCCACCACUCUCAUCAAAAACCAAAACGGAAGCUGCCUUCGUAAGCCUGCUCCGGGCUCAGAACAUCGCACCUGCCUCCUGGGACCCCCUCCUGAAGUUCCUCCAGAAGCACUGCAGGGAGCCCGGAGUGGUGAAAGAGCUGUGCUGCGACCCCAGUCUGUCCAGAUGCAUCGCCGAAGACGUGCUGGGACCGCAGUAUCAGAGUGCUGUGGUCGCAGAGUGCCGGCGGCUCCCAUUUUGCGUUUAUCUCGACACAGACUUGGCUGCGGAUGGCACUCCGCUCCUCUUUGUGCUGGUUGGGUUUUUUCAGCCGGACUUGGCGAGGAACGUUGUGCGGUUUCUUGACAUGCUGAGCUGUUCUCCGGGUUCUGGAGAAGCUUUGAUCGACGGCCUCAAAGACACUUUCACCCGGUACAAGAUCCCCUCAGCCCAGCUCGUUGCCUUCUACUCACACAGCUCCAUCUCAGCAACGGAGGAGACUUUGGUCUUGCAGCAGAUUAACCCCAGAGUCCUCAACUUGGGGCACCUCUUCCACCUCGCAGACCUCGCCUGUGCGUCUGGAGUUCGAGCGCUGGAGGCUCCAGUGGAGGAGCUGCUUAGCGAUAUCCACCUGCAUUGGUCCUCCAGCCAGGAGGGGCAGCAUAAGCUGCAGCAGCCUUUUCUCUUAGACUUCGAGCUGUCUGAAACAUUCACGCUUGCCAACAAAGGAUGUCUGAAGGUGACGGCCGCGGUCGAGCGGAUGGUGGAUAUUUGGCCGACUCUCCUUUCUCACUUCCUCUCCCACCAGUCCCGGACGGACAAAACCGAAGUGGUGUGCAGGCGCCUGCAGAGCCAGGAGCUGAGAGUGACGUUCCUGUUCCUGAAGCACGCGCUGGGGCCCCUGGGCGCACUGCACCGGGCUCUGCGCAGCAGAGAGGGAGACCCGGCUGGCAUGCAGAAGGCGAUCAGCAGCGCGGCGCGGGUUUACGCAGGCAGGCUCCUGCUCCCUGGAGCUGCCAUUCUCAUACUAAAAGGGAGCAACGAUCUGACCGCAUUGGACGACCCGAAAAACUACCUGCCCUGGAACGAGGUCGGCACAGGCCCCGAAGUGGAGCUGUACCUCCAAGAUCAGCACCUGGAAAACUCUGUGAUGGAAAGCCGCAUCUUCCACCAGGCUGCCUCGUUCUACUCGGCCGUGUUGAAGGAGAUCCUCGGGAGAUCUCCUCCGGGGGGCGGCUUUCUGAAGGGCUUGACCGCGGUGCUGGAGCCCCACAAGGUGUCUCGGAGAGACCUGCUGGGCUGGGAUGCUCAGCUGGGGGUCUGCGGCACGGAGGAAGGAAGCCACCUGCUGAAGGAGUUUUUCCUUUACCAGAGGUUUGUGGGCUUGCAGCAGACGACACUGACAGAGGCGGCGGCCCGAGACUCCUCCCCCCAGCGGUACUGGAGCCAGGUUUUCAAAGACAUGGCAGUGGAAGGCUUGCACCUGCCGCUGUUUGAAAGGCUGGUGCUGUCCCUGCUCUGUCUCCCGCUGUCCCUCCGGGAAUCGGAGGGGGUCGUGGGGCGAGUCAGGGAAUCGAAGACUGCACUGUGCCACUCUGUGAACCUGCGCACUCUGAAGGCUCUCCUCGCCAUCGGAGUGAACGAGGAUCGGGAAUGCCAUGCGGUUCAGCAUUCCUCUGAGGUGCUGGAGGCCUGCAGGAAACUGAAAGAGUCGCGCAGCAAAGACCCCGAGGCUGAGGAGCAGCCAUCUGCCACAGAACUCCACUUGCCUUGUGACCUGAAGCCUUGCUGAGACGUGUUACUUAUGACUGAACUCUGUCCCGUUCCAAUAGGCAAGCAGGGAGGCUCAUGGCCAUCUGCUUCUGCAGUCCAGUUGCACAGAUCUCUGUAUGAUAGCUAAUUGUCACUGAUACAGUAAAUGCAGAUAGCCUGGGCGGUGAUUCAGUUUCAAAGAUCUCUGUAUGAUAGCUAAUUGUCACUGAUACAGUAAAUGCAGAUAGACUGAACAGUGAUUCUGAAUUUGUGCAACGUUGUUCCGCAUUUUUUCUGUUUCUGUUUCUAUUUAUAUGUUGACAUUAUUGAGCAAUAAAAUGUGCAAAAUCCAGCUCUGUCGUGACAGCUGUCCGCUUCUCAAUCUCCACACUCGGGGUCUCCAUUCGUAAGCUUUUUGCAUCGCAUUGUGACCCAAAAAAUACUGCUUUAGUUCCUAUCUCCACAGCCCCUCAAAUACAAACAAACGAAUGGGGUUCAGAUCAAAAAUAUUUGUUCAGUUUUUUUUUUUUUACUGAAGACCAUGUGCUUGCUUUCACCCCUGUCAUGUCAUAUGCAGUACAUACUUGUAAGAACAUGCUGGGUGGGUGAUGGUGUUUGAUUCAUUUAAAUGUUAAUUGCACACUAAACUCUUGACACAAACCAGCACCUCAGUAAAGUCCAAAUUCUCUAGUGCACAGCAUGAACUGUUUUGUUAAUUUAGUACACAUUGUUGAUGCAUUUUAUUAUUUCAUGUACGAGUUGAAUCUUACCUACCGUAUUCCUUUAGAAUUUAUGAUGCAGCCCAUUUUUCCCAUCCUCAAUUUGAGAAUAGAUCAAACAUCAAAUACAGACGCAUUUACAUACAACCUAAAUUACUCAAUCCAAGAGCCAUUUAUACAGAGGAAUGCUCCAGUUUGAACGCUACAAACUCGUCUAUUAGGCAUAUUGUACAUUGGUAACUCAACAUGCCUGGAACAGCAACCAAUCUGUCCUAGUCGUCAUCCUGAGUUGUUACUGACAUCUCCCAGACAAUGACUCCCGCUUCUUUGAACAUGGCUGUCUAUGUCAGUGAUGACUGGACAGGGCAGUGACGGUCCUGUUUGUGUACUUGGGCAGUCACAUCUUUUGUUGGUGGUUUUGAAUACAUGCAUCACUACACUCGAGUUUAAGACGCAGGCCAUUUUUGAAAUACAGUAGUAAGUGACCGUUCUAGUGUUGGUCAGGAAAUAAUUGCUUGUGUUGAAGUAAAAAAAAAAAAAAAAAAAAAAAAAAACACAGCUGGUUAAAUAUUGUUACAGCUAGAAACGCAUUCAGCAACCAGCUUUGUGAUCGCUAAUCUGCAGUGAGGACAUGUGUAAUUCACAAGCAAGAAACAAAAUAAAGUGUAGACUUCAGAAAAGCCUUCCAAUACAGUGGACAGUCUUAUUUGUACUAAUAUGACUUUUAACUGUUCCCCAGCACACCCCACAAGUAUGAAACAUGAACUCUCCUUUCAUAACCCAUUAUAUUCGGACAUUUUCCAUGCUGGUCAAAAAACAGACUGGGGUUCUGUUGUGGUUGGUUAUCCUGGGGUGAUCCUUCUGUACAGUUAGCUUGUGGUACUUGCUGGAAGAUUUUGCACCAUUUUGCAGCUCCUGAUCAAUGCUUACCAACAAGUUCUAAACAAAACAACCUUAUUAAAAGUAAAUCAAUAAAAACCCUGCCUGUUUUGCUCCCUUG